AUGAUACUCCUGAGGAGGGGUAUCAGGCCGUGGCGUCCGUGGCUGUUGACGACUCCCGGUACAGGGGGCUGUUCGUACACGCGACCGCCGAAGCCGCAGAUUUUGUGCAUGAAGCUGUGUGGAAAUGUGAACGCUCAUCUGUCACCUCUUUAUAGCACAGCGGUGCCCCCUGAUGAAAUCACAGUUCAUUAUAGAUGUGGCCUUCCCUUGAUAACACUUCCUUUACCAUCCAGAAAAGAGAGGUGUCAGUUCGUUAUCAAACCAAUGCUAUCAACAGUUGGUUCAUUCCUUCAGGAUAUACAGAAUGAAGAUAAAGGUGUCAGAACUGCAGCUAUCUUCACAACAGAUGGCAGUAAGAUUCCAGCUACAACCUUGAUGGGAAUUUUGCUAAUGCAUGAUUUUAAACUUGCCAUCAAUAAAGUAACAUACAAUGUAAAGUGCCCCAAGCAAGAAAAAAUGAGUAGCGAGCAUGCUACUGAGAUGGAAACCAUGAUGUCUUUGGUUCACAGACUGUUCACAGUCAUACAUUUUGAUGAGUAUCAGAAAAAGAAGGAGAACCACUUACUGGAGAAAAUUGACCACUUGAAAAAACAGCUGCAGCCCCUCGAACAGCUGAAAGCUAGAAUUGAAGUUCACUCUGAAGCUAGAAUCAGCAGACUCCUGUGGACUGGAUUGGCACUUCUGUCCAUUCAGGGAGGGGCAUUGGCAUGGUUCACUUGGUGGGUGUACUCCUGGGACAUCAUGGAACCUGUUACAUACUUCCUCACAGUUGCAAAUUCCAUGGUCUUUUUUGCAUACUUUCUCGUCACUCGACAGGAUUAUACUUACAAAGCUGUUAGUGGUAGGCAAUUUCUUCACUUCUUCUAUAAGAACUCAAAGCAAGAACAUUUUGAUGUGGAGCAAUACAACAAGUUAAAAAAUGAUCUUGAUGAGGCCAAAGAUGCCCUGAAACAUUUGCGCCAUAGUCUCUAUUUUCGAUUGCCCGUGGAGGAACUUGAUGACAAGAAUUAA